UCGGGGUGGAGUGCUGGGAUGCGGCUCUGGGCAGAGUGUGGGAGGGCCUGGCUGCUAGGGAAUGACGCCUCCGUCUUCUCGGGCAGAAACCUUUAAAUACGGGCUCUGGCCCGCGGCUCGGGGUGUGGCGCUUGGCACCUUGAAGGAAGGGCGUGCAGUGCGAGGACAUCUGGCGGAGGAGAGCGCGGGUGCAGAAUCUGCGGCCCAAAGGGAGGUGCUGUCGAGCAGCCGAGCAAGGAGCGGCCGCCGCGUUCGGGGCUGGAAGUGGACAAUCAUGUUUGAAAUUAAGAAGAUCUGUUGCAUUGGUGCGGGCUAUGUUGGAGGACCCACGUGUAGUGUCAUUGCUCAGAUGUGCCCUGAAAUCAGGGUAACAGUAGUUGAUGUCAAUGAAUCGAGAAUCAAUGCAUGGAACUCUCCUACACUUCCUAUUUAUGAGCCGGGACUAAAAGAAGUGGUAGAAUCCUGUCGAGGAAAAAAUCUCUUUUUUUCAACGGAUAUUGAUGAUGCCAUUAAGGAAGCUGAUCUUGUAUUUAUUUCUGUGAAUACUCCAACAAAAACCUAUGGAAUGGGGAAAGGCCGGGCUGCAGAUCUGAAGUACAUUGAAGCUUGUGCUAGGCGCAUUGUGCAAAACUCACAUGGGUACAAAAUUGUGACUGAGAAAAGCACAGUUCCAGUGCGCGCAGCAGAGAGUAUUCGUCGCAUAUUUGAUGCAAACACAAAACCCAGCUUGAACUUACAGGUGCUGUCCAACCCUGAGUUCUUGGCAGAGGGGACGGCCAUCAAGGACCUAAAGAACCCUGACAGAGUACUGAUUGGAGGGGACGAAACCCCAGAGGGCCAGAGAGCCGUGCAGGCACUGUGUGCAGUAUAUGAGCGCUGGGUUCCCAAAGAAAAGAUCCUCACCACUAAUACUUGGUCUUCAGAGCUUUCCAAACUGGCAGCAAAUGCUUUUCUUGCCCAGAGAAUCAGCAGCAUUAACUCUAUAAGUGCCUUGUGUGAAGCAACAGGAGCUGAUGUAGAAGAGGUAGCAACAGCCAUUGGAAUGGACCAGAGAAUUGGAAAUAAGUUUCUGAAAGCCAGUGUUGGUUUUGGUGGGAGCUGCUUUCAGAAAGAUGUUCUGAAUUUGGUUUAUCUCUGUGAGGCUCUGAAUUUGCCUGAAGUAGCUCGUUAUUGGCAGCAGGUCAUAGACAUGAAUGACUACCAGAGAAGGCGAUUCGCUUCCCGGAUUAUAGACAGUCUGUUUAAUACAGUGACUGAUAAGAAGAUAGCUAUUUUGGGGUUUGCAUUCAAAAAGGACACUGGUGAUACAAGAGAAUCGUCUAGUAUAUAUAUUAGCAAAUAUUUGAUGGAUGAAGGCGCACACCUCCAUAUAUAUGAUCCAAAAGUACCAAGGGAACAAAUAGUUGUGGAUCUUUCUCAUCCAGGUGUUUCGGCAGAUGACCAAGUGUCCCGACUUGUGACCAUUUCCAAGGAUCCAUAUGAAGCAUGUGAUGGUGCCCAUGCUGUUGUUAUUUGCACUGAGUGGGACAUGUUUAAGGAAUUGGAUUAUGAGCGCAUUCAUAAAAAAAUGCUGAAGCCAGCCUUUAUCUUUGAUGGACGACGUGUCCUGGAUGGGCUCCACAAUGAACUACAGACCAUUGGCUUCCAGAUUGAAACAAUUGGCAAAAAGGUGUCUUCAAAGAGAAUUCCAUAUGCUCCUUCUGGUGAAAUUCCAAAGUUUAGUCUUCAGGAUCCACCUAACAAGAAACCCAAAGUAUAGACAUUACCAUUUUUAUUUCUGUUUUUUUGGUACUUCAGGAUGACAGAUACCUAUCUGAUGUUAAAUGAUACGUGAACCAAGUGUUUUUAAGAAAGUAAAACUAUUUUUUUAAUAAUCAAGUUUAUACUAGCUAUACUACACAUAUCUGAUAAUUAUGAAUCUAGAAUAUUUUUUACAUAUUUUUAUAAUAUUGUUACCUCAAUUAUUGGAUGAAUGGAAAACAAUCAUGUCAGUUUUAGUUGUGUCGUUUUUUGUACAAUAAAAAAUUAAACUUCAAACACUUCUUACUUACAAAAUGCCCAUAGGCAGCACUUUACUAUCACAUUGGAAAGAGAAAGGUACUCUUCAUGUUUCUGGUCAUUGGUUUAUUCACUUACUGUUAAACAUGUAAUUGGAAGCCAUGAAAUUGCUAUGCUGCAUACUGGGCCAAACCUGUUAACCUUUUGGGUUUCUGGUUUAAUUGGGUAAUGUGUUUUCCAAGCCAUCUCUUGUGUCUCUGAGCUGAGAAGGGAAUGUGAUGAAUAGGAUAGGGCCUCUUGUGCUUUAUUUUUUGUAUAUGCUUAGAACAUUUUCCCUAUGCUUCCAUUUUGGAAUUAAUUUUACAAGUAUGGUCUGGUUAAAGUCUCCUCAGUUCCUUUGUUUUAAUGAGCAGUGUCAUUGGUUUUUUAGCCCAAAAAUAUCAUCUCUGUACAGUCAAUGCAAAAAUGAUUAAAAGGCCUUUUUUUUUUUUUUAACAUUAAGAGAAUAUACGUAAUAUGAACUCUUUCCUCUUUAUAUCUCAGUUUUCCUUAGUGAUCAUUAUUUUCUAGUCCAAGAGCCAAAAAUAUUUGUUACCUUGCCUUUGCAUUCUUACUUUUUUUUUUUAAUAAUAUUUUACUACAUUUUAGGUGAAAGUUUACACAGCAAAUUAGUUUUCCAUUUAACAAUUUUUAUACAGUUUGUUCUGUGCCUUUGGUUACAAUUUAUACUAUGUGUCAACCUUCUCAUUAUUUCCAUUCUGUUUGUUUUGUUUCCAUUGAUCUAGCUUCCCUUCCCUUCCUCUGCUUGGCUUCUCAUUUUUGCUUUAGGGUAAAUGUUGACUGUUUGGUCUAAUAUAGCUGAUCGUUUAAGAAACCGGAUUACUCAUAGGUUAUGUUGUUUAUUUUAUAAGCCAAUCUAUUAUUUGGCUGAAAGGUGACCUCCGAGAAUGGCUUCAAUUCCAAGUUCAAAGAGUGUCUUAGGUUGACAGUCUCGGGGGUUCCUGUAGUGUCUGUCAGUCCAGUAGGUCUGUGCAUUCUUACUUCUAUUAGUAAUUGUAACUUUUCCCACUUUGCUUUAAAUAAGAAAAACAAUAUAAUCUCAUGUAUAAAUCUAAAGAGUAGAUUUUACAAAUUACUUAUAGCAGCAUUAUAAAGUAAGAAUUUUUGUUUGUAAGUAUUUCCAUCUGCUUUUCUCUUACAUCUGUUGUUGACGUUUAUAUUUGCAAUGAUUGCUUUCUGUUGUGUUGUAUCAUUAUUGAACUAUGUCAGAUGUUCACUUGAUGGUUGUGCUCUGCUGAAUUUGUACAAACUGAG